AUGUUCAAAGGUCUGAAACACAAGAUGUCGAAGCGAUUCGACGAGGAGCCCAAAAAGUCGCCCUCGCUCCCGCCUUCGCCCACCAAGCCUGCUGCCUACGCCGCCGCUGACACCACCCAGCCCCAGACCCCCGCCGCAACGGUGCCAACCACCACCGCCCCUGCUGCGUCCGCUCCCUCGACCUCGGCCGGCACCACUCCCGCCGCGUCUACUCCUAGCACGGCGCCCACCACACCCCCUACCACCGCCGACCCUUCCACCACCAUCACCGACUCUGAAGGCCACGAGUUCACCACCAACGGCGCCAUCGUGCCGCGCAUCAACCUUGGCUACUUCACCAACUGGGGCAUCUACGGCCGCAAGUACUCGCCCCUCGACGUGCCCGUGUGCGACCUCACGCACGUCCUCUACGCCUUUGCCGAUGUGAACCCCAACACGGGCGAAUGCAUCCUCACGGACCUGUGGGCAGACGAGCAGCUGCACUACACCGGUGACUCCUGGAAUGACAGUGGCAACAACCUCUAUGGCAACUUCAAGCAGUUCCUGCUGCUCAAGAAGAAGAACCGGGCACUAAAGCUGAUGCUCUCGGUGGGAGGUUGGACUUUUGGGCCGCACUUUGCACCUAUGGCGUCGGACCGCAACAAGCGCGCCAAGUUUGUCUCCUCCGCCAUUACCAUUCUCGAAAACGACGGACUGGACGGCAUCGACAUCGACUGGGAGUACCCCGACAACGACGCGCAAGCGGCCAACUACGUGUCCCUCCUCAAGGAGCUUCGCGCCGGUCUGACCGCGCACCAGCAGAAGAAAAAGGAUGCCAACCCGUACCUCCUCUCGAUCGCAGCGCCGUGUGGACCCGAUCACUACCAGAAGCUGCGUGCCAAGGACAUGGACCAGUACCUCGACUUUUGGAACCUCAUGGCGUACGAUUUCGCCGGCUCCUGGUCCACCGUCACGGGCCAUCAGGCUAACCUUUGGUCGAUCAAAGGUCAACCUCCUUCGGCGGACAACGCGAUCAACUGGUACAUCGCCCAAGGUGUGGUGAGCCACAAGCUCGUCCUCGGCAUUCCGCUGUACGGACGUGGCUUCGAAAACACCGAUGGCCCGCAGAAGCCUUACAACGGUACAGGCCAGGGUACGUGGGAGGCGGGUAACUGGGAUUACAAGUUCUUGCCCGUCAAGGGUGCCAAGGAGAUGAUCAACACCAAGAUCGCCGCUUCCUGGAGCUACGAUGCCAAGAAGAGGGAGUUUAUCAGCUAUGAUACUCCUCAGAAUGUCUUGUUGAAGUGCCAGUACAUUGUCAACAAGCGACUGAGGGGCGCCAUGUUCUGGGAACUUAGCGGUGACGCAACUAAGGCCCAGGGAGGUGCGGAUAGGAGCAUCGUCACCAUCUGCGCCAAGAACAUGGGCGUACUCGACUCGACGCUCAACCACAUCAGCUACCCCUACUCUAAGUGGGACAACGUCAGGAACGGCAUGAAGUAG